AUGGAUAAUGGACACGAAAUCAAUGUUCUUGGACAAAUAAGGAAAGACAACAAAAGAAAAGGGCAAGGAAUAACAGAAAUAAAAGCAUCAAUUUUGACAAGAAGAAAGGUGCUAUGGAAACCAUGGGCCAUAAAAGAAGGGAGCAGAACGAUAGAACAAAAACUUAAGAAUGCACCCAAUUCUAAUCGAGGACGGCAUGGGACGACCAGGUAUGACCGACGUAGCAAAGUUACCACUCAACCUAUAAUAAAUCACAGACCCGGUAUAACCGCUCAGGUGGAUAUAACACAAGCAGUCACUAUAUCUGCUGUUUGCAAUGAAUGUAAAAGGAAGGAUACCACUCAACAAACAUCCAUAAGUACAGGAGAUGGCCCAGGCACAGGAGGUCUUGGAGAUCAAUAUUGUUACUUUUGUAAAUACUAUCGUCUGAACAUGACAAACUAUAAUAAUUGCCGAGAUCGAUUUUGUGCUUCUGGAUAUCAGAAUUAAGAAAUAGAUAUCCAACAAAACUUGUUGUUUGACGUCUUUUCAAACCAAUUUUUAAACUAAUUUUAGGCCAUUGUUUACACACCGAAUUCACUGUCGACGGAUUUUUCCGAACAGUAUUUGAACAGCAUUCAAGCUAAAAUGUCCAUUAAACAUUAUAA